UCUCUCUUCUCUCUCUCUGCAAUGGAGGUGAGCAUCACCGCCAAGCCCAAAACCCUAGCUUCUUCCCUACCCCUAUCCUCCCAAUUCCAGCUCCCCGCGUCAAUCCGCAGACAAUUCCUCGGAUGCGGAGCGCACCUGAGGCCCAGCGGCCUCCGAUCCCGGGCCAGAAAGAGGGAAUUAGGGUUUCGAGUCCAGUCUCCGAGGUGCUUGUUGAGCAAUCCGAUGGACGAGGGCUCGAUUCUCGCGGUCGCUGCCGCAGUCGCGACCUUGGCGACGAUGCAUCUUGUGUACAUGAAUUAUAAGAAAGCGAAGCGUGGUGAUGCUGCCAAAUUUUCAGAUGAUGGAAAUGUAGAUGUGAUGGUUAAUAGAGAGCUUUGUAAACUAGACGAGGAUAUCUUGGAACAUGAAGCUGUUGGAAACCAGCCACAGAGUAGUGAAAACCGUUGUAAAAUCCCCUUUGAAAAAGGCAAUGCAUUUUUGAGAAGAGAAAAUAUGUUGCAUGAGGAAGUUUAUGAUUCUGAUGUAAAGGAUGUUAAGCAGCUGGUGAUUGAGAAAGCUGGUUUGUUGGGGGAAGAAAGUCUUAUUAAUGAAGUGCAACCGGGUCUUGAACUUAAUUAUCCCCCUACUUGUAGUGAAUUGCCUGGAGUGGAUGGAUUUGUUGCUUUGACUUCUUCUUUAGCGAAGAAUGAGCUAAAAGCAGUACAAGAAGGUGAUGCCACUGCGAAAAUGCCAAAUUGUUUGUUACAAAAUGAGGGAGGCAUGUCGGAUGCCAUUUCACCCAUAGUUGUAACUGAACCUUUUAUUGAAAAGAAAAGUGGCAAUACCAAUCAGAAUACAUAUGAGCUUGGGCAUAUUGCAACUAAGCAUGGCGAAACUCUUAUUUCAAGCAAUGUUGGGCCUUUGGCACAGCCUACUGGAGAAGUUUCUAGUUACAAAGGAAAAAGACAGCCUCUUGUGAAGUCUAUGUCCCGCCUCAACUACUCGAGUAUCAAACCACGUGACCUCACUGUCAGUCAGCUAGGGACUGCUCUGGCGGGUGCAAAUAUCCUUGCAAAACGCUCUCCUCUUACUGCAGAAGGGCAAACUCUAAUUGGAUGCUUAAAGGAAAGUGCAGUGAGCCAAGGAAAUGAAUUGAUCGAAGUCCAAGACAUCACCAGACACACUAAAACUUUCAAGAAUAAAAUUAACUAUGGAGAUUUCUACACUCCCCCUCUACGAAAUGGGUUCCCAAGAGAUGUAAAUGGUUCAACCACAUACUUAAGAACCUAUGAUCGCCUUCUAAGGGAUGGAAGGUUGGGGGACUGUAUAGACUUGCUGGAAAGAAUUGAAAGCAAGGGAUUGCUGGAUAUGGACAAGGUUCAUCACAUGAAAUUUCUGAAGUCUUGCAAGAGUCAGAAGGCAAUUAAAGAAGCCUUCCGCUUUUGCAAACUGAUUCAGAAACCAACAUUGAGCACAUUCAAUAUGCUUUUAUCAGUUUGUGCAAGUGCGCAGGAUUUUGAUGGAGCUUUUCAAGCUAUGCUUCUAGUCAAGGAGGCUGGGCUCAAUCCUGACUGCAAGCUUUAUACCACACUUAUUUCAACAUGUGCAAAGAGUGGCAAAGUUGAUGCAAUGUUUGAAAUUUUUCAUGAAAUGGUAAAUGCUGGAGUGGAUCCGAACCUCCAUACUUAUGGUGCACUUAUUGAUGGUUGUGCAAGAGCUGGACAAGUGGCCAAAGCAUUUGGUGCUUACGGAAUUAUGAGAUCCAAGAAGGUGCAGCCAGAUCGAGUUAUAUUUAACGCGCUUAUUACUGCAUGCGGUCAGUCAGGAGCUGUUGAUCGUGCUUUUGACGUUUUGGCGGAGAUGAGGGCUGAGGCUAAACCGAUAGACCCCGAUCAUGUAACUGUUGGUGCUCUGAUGAAGACGUGCAUCCAAGCUGGUCAGGUUGAUCGUGUUCGAGCAGUUUAUGAAAUGCUUCAUAAAUAUAACAUUAAGGGGACUCCAGAUGUUUAUACAAUUGCGGUCAAGAGCUGUAGCGAGACAGGUGACUUGGAAUUUGCUCUAAGCAUCUACAGCGACAUGAAAAAGAAUGGUGUUGUACCUGAUGAGAUGUUCCUCAGCACAUUAAUAGAUGUUGCCGGGCAUGCUGGAAAAGUUGAUACUGCCUUUGAAAUCCUGCAAGAUGCAAGAAGCAAAAGAAUGCAACUUGGAAAUGUCACGUAUAGCUCACUGAUGGGAGCCUGCUGCAAUGCAAACAAUUGGCAGAAAGCACUGGAGUUGUAUGAAGAAAUUAAGGCUAUCAAGUUACUUCCAACAGUUUCAACACUGAAUGCGUUAGUCACCUCCUUAUGUGAUGGUGAUCAGUUACUAAAAUCUGUUGAAGUCCUUGAUGAAUUGAAGCAAGCAGGAGUGCAACCAAAUACUAUCACAUAUUCCAUUCUUAUAGUAGCAUGUGAAAAGAAAGAUGAAGCUGAAUUGGGCUUUACAAUCUUCUCAAAAGCCAAAGAGGACGGUAUCCCCCCUAACCAGAUCAUGUGUCGGUGCUUGACAGGUUUAUGCUUAAAGAGUUUGGAGAAGGCUCAUUCUCUUGGCGAGCCUAUUGUCACUUUCAACUCGGGGAAACCACAGAUAGAUAGUAAAUGGACAUCAUGGGCAAUUAUGGUUUACCGUGAAACUAUUUCAGCCGGCGUAAUACCUACAAUUGAAGUAUUUUCUCAAGUUUUAGGAUGCUUGCAGUUUCCUCGGGAUUCUUCAUUAAGAAGCCAAUUUAUAGAAAAUUUAGGCUUCCACAUUUAUGCUUCAAGAUGCUCAAACAUUUGUUCGUUGCUGGAUGGUUUCGGUGAAUAUGAUACUCGCUCUUUUUCUGUGCUUGAGGAAGCUGCCUCACUGGGAGUGAUUCCACGUGUUUCUUUCAAGGACAACCCAAUAGUUGUUGAUGCGAGAAAAUUACUUAUCCAUACUGUUGAGGUCCAUCUCUUAACGAUUCUGAAAUUUUUGAAGCAUCGGUUGGCUGCUGGUGCAAGGUUACCCAGCAUAACCAUAUUACUCCUUACAGAGAAGACACAGAUUAAGCCUUCCAAUGGAGAAAGAAGAACAGUUAAUGUUGCUGGAAGGACCGGACAGGCUGCUGGUUCCUUAUUGAGGAGGCUGGGAAUUCAAUACUCGGGAGAUGAAUCAUACGGGAAAAUAAGAAUCAGUGGCCUUGCUUUAAGAAGGUGGUUUAGGCCUAAACUUUCUGAAGCUUCCUUUUCUGGAAAACCCGGAGAAAUGAUUCCUAUACAAGCUCGUCUAGCCAAGGGAAUUGCUGGUCAGCAGCGCGAUAUUCGUAGUUAUAAUCUGUCCCUUGAAUAAUGGGAAUGCUACUUGUUGACAAGUAAGUUUUUAGCUAGGACGAGAUUGACGUAUCUUAUUCCAUAUAUUGUUAUUUUUAUAAUUAUCAUGUUUAAGGUUGAUUUGCAUGAAAUUCCAUCCCUCUGCAUUCUUAUUACUUCGGAUGGUUUUCGAGUGAGCAGUCAUAGUCGUUGUGGACUUCAAAAGUUUCUGUUUCUAGUCACCUUUGAGAGAUUAAUCAUAUUGUUCUACCCUUGUUGACACAAAGGGAACAUUGAAACAUCAAGAAAUUGUACUUUUAUGACAUGGGAAACGGUUCUGACAAUUUGAUCAAGGGGUGUCUGUUGUAAGAACCAUCUUCUAAAGAGUUUAUUUGUUGGCUUCAUUGUCAAGAAUAAAAUUUGAUAGAAAGAGUUGCGUGAUAUA